CAAGAAAGCAAAAUUAAAGAAAAUAUUUCUGCCUAAACAAAAAAAAAAUUGAAACAAUUUAAAUCAUUUGGUUAAACUACUCUAAAUUUUAUUUUAUUGAACUUUGAACUAUGGAUAACGUUAAGAUGCCAUUUUUACCCGAAGAGGCGCUCAAGACUCAGCGAGUUGAAGUUUAUUUGAAUGAUCUAAAGGAACGGUUGAAAGAACUACGUGUUCAACACGACGAAGUUAUUAAAAAUUCAGUGGAGAUAAUCAAAGAAAUCGACGAAGUAUCGUCUGGGCUCUUGCAUCCGCAAAACAACGAGCUUAAUUCCACGGACAAUGUUACUAAAAUUAAAAGACUUAUAAAAGAGUUCGAAACUGUGAAGGAAUCAAAUUCAAACAAAAUGCCUGUGUCUAUUGAAAGCAAAGUAGAUAUCCGCAGGAUCUUACAAAAUUUUGAAAAACUUAAUGAAAGCCAUGUGCUGAAGGAAAGUCUUGUUCUCUUAAAACGCGCUAAAGAAUCACUAGAGAAAAUCGAUAUUUUUCUAGGGACAAAUUUAGAAAAUGUUAUUACUCAGUCGGUGCACGUUGGUCAAAUGAACAAAACUUUUCCCAGUCCAACUGUCCCCACACUAGAAGUAGACCAAAGCAAUGACUCUGUAAAAUCCAUGACUUCCGCUGGGUUGAUUAAAGCCACAAUUGAGAUUUCUCCAAAGAAGUCUACUUCGUGUGAUUUAGCGAUUCCCAAAACUCAAACUUCUACUACUAGUAAUUCCAGCUUGCAAUAUCGAAUUAAUUUGUUCAAUAAUGAAAAUACGGACCGCAAUAUGUCAUGCAUUAAUGCCAAAAAAAUUACGCCAUCAUGCUAUGCUUCCUGCUGUAGCAGUGUUACGAGUAUAGAUGUAUAUAAAUCCACAGAAAAUUUUUGUACGCCCAAUUUGAGUAACGAGGGCAGUUAUGUUAACUCACUUGAAAUGGGCUAUGAAGGCGACAAUGACGAUAGCGAGUAUGACUUGUUUGCUCUUAAACGAAAAAAAAAAUAAGAUUUUGUCGUCAAAUCAACUUAAUUAGAGCAUGUCACUGAACAGGGUUUAAAAAAUUACUUUAUAAAUCACGACGUUACAUUAUAAAAAUUUAUAUAAAAAAGUUACUAAUUUUAGAACAGAAGCGAAAUAAAAUUUAGAAUGUGUACGUAUAAAUCUUCAGGCAAAAAGCAGAAUGAUCUUUGGUAUCCUCAAAAACUAUGCAUACGUAUGAACCAUUCUCAUUGUGUUAAUAUAAACAUGUAACAUACGAUUAGCGGUUACAUUUUUGUAAUGCCAACUGUGGUGGGAAUCCAUGAUCAGAAGUAGAAACUGGUCGUCUUUGUAUUGUGUAGUAGCUUAAUUGAGAAAUAACCUUCUUUUAAGUGGUUUGAUCAUGAAUGCAGAGAAACAGUUCGUAAACGAAAAAUACAGUAAAUUCUGUUUUGUUUUAGAAAAUAUCAUACAUAAAUUUUUUUAAAUUAAUAUUAUAGUUAUUUAUAUUCUUUCGAUUUAGUCUACAGAUGGCCAAACAAAAGAAAGAAAAACGUAUGCAGGCAACUCUCAACUUUAUUCUUUAAAUGCGCAUUUAGUGUUUUUCAUAUAAUGUAGAUAUUGAUUUUACUUAAUUGAAUCAAUAAAUAAGAGCAACAGAGUUUAAAUUCAAUAUAA